GCAUUGAUUUUCUCAGCCACCUCAGAACUGACGCAUGCACGCACACGCGCACGCACGACACGCACCCUGAAGAUAACGUCCUGUGUAAUCUUUGGUCAAUCAGCAAACUGUUCCCCUGUUGCAGUUGACGCGGCGCGCCUUCAGUCGCACGACAGUUUCACUCACAACACACAACGAAGACGAAGGAUUUCUUCUCGCCGGCGUUCGAAUUGCUUACAGCUUUGAUCUCGGAUUUCCCUCAAGUAAGGUGAACUGGGGGUGGUAAGACGGGGUUUCCUUUCCUCCCAUUAGUAUUCAUACGGAGUAAAGAGCGAAAGGACAAUGGUACAUAUUUUGGCGAAUGGACAACCAUGAAGGAAUCAGGUGCCUUGGAACCAUAGUCAUCACCAGCCUGAUGAUGCCACGAUGAGUGAAGGUCAAAAACGUCUGCCAACGGAUAUUCAGCUGUUUUUUGACAGGAUUUGAUUUCAUUGAGCGUUACGGGGACUGAGCACAUCAUGGGGCUGUGUUAUAGCUUGCGUCCAAGUCUCUGGGGAGAUCCCGGUGGUUUCAUGUCAGAUUCCGACCAGCCAACCGAUUCGUCCUUACCACCCUCCGGGUCCCCGAAUCACGAGGACAGAGGAGAGGACAUCAACGACAUGGUGGCACCCCGCGAGUGUCUGUUUUGCCGUGGGAAUUCCCGCAAGAAUGCCAAUAACCGGGCCAUACGGCGCGGAGAUACGGCCGAAGCAGUACCACUCCAGAACGGCAACGGAGGAGGAGGGGAUGACCAUGGCGGUCGGCUUCUUGUGCAGAAGCACAGUCCGCAUAAACGCAAAAACUUGUCACCGUUGGAUAAAGCGACCUUAAAAGAGGCGAAGAAAGUCAGUAAAAUCAUAGACCAAGAACUGAAGCAGCAGAAACGGGAAUACCGACAAACAUACCGCCUCCUCUUACUUGGAGCCGGAGAGUCCGGAAAGAGCACGAUUGUCAAGCAGAUGCGGAUCCUUCACGUCAAUGGCUUUAAUGCAGAGGAAAAGAAACAAAAAAUCUUGGAUAUUCGAAAAAAUGUGAAAGAUGCCAUAGUGACAAUAGUUUCAGCGAUGAGCACUUUAAUUCCUCCAGUUCCACUUGGCAAUGCAACCAACCAGCCCCGCAUUGACUACAUCAAAAGCAUAGCGCCCCUCUCGGACUUCGACUACACGGAGGAGUUCUUCGACCAUGCUAAGCAUCUGUGGGAAGACGAGGGGGUGAAGGCGUGCUUCGAACGCUCCAACGAGUACCAGCUCAUCGACUGCGCACAGUACUUCCUUGACAGAAUUGAUCCUGUGAGUCAAUCAGACUACACCCCAACAGAUCAGGACUUGCUCCGUUGCAGAGUUUUGACUUCAGGGAUUUUUGAGACGCGAUUUCAAGUAGACAAAGUGAAUUUUCACAUGUUUGAUGUGGGUGGCCAGAGAGAUGAGAGAAGAAAAUGGAUUCAGUGCUUUAAUGAUGUCACAGCCAUCAUAUUCGUGGCCGCCAGCAGCAGCUACAAUAUGGUCAUAAGGGAAGACAACAGUACCAACCGCCUUCGGGAAUCUCUGGACCUGUUCCGGAGCAUCUGGAAUAACAGAUUUCUGCGAACCAUUUCUGUCAUCCUUUUCCUGAACAAGCAGGACAUGCUUGCGGAGAAGAUCCUGGCAGGGAAAUCCAAACUUGAAGACUACUUCCCAGAAUACGCUGGCUACAUGCUGCCGACCGACGCGGCCGGGGACCCUGGAGAGGACCCCAAAGUGACCAAGGCCAAGUUCUUCAUCCGGGACGAGUUCCUUCGGAUCAGCACGGCGAGCGGAGACAACAAACACUACUGCUACCCCCACUUCACCUGCGCCGUCGACACGGAGAACAUCCGGCGCGUCUUCAACGACUGUCGGGACAUCAUCCAGAGGAUGCACUUGAGGCAGUACGAACUCUUGUGAUUGGCUCUCAGUCCUCUACCGACCGUCCAAUUAGAGCUCUGUUCCUGCUCCCAAAAAAGAAAAAACACACACAAAAAAGCCCAGUUACUUGGGGACUAUGCUACUGACAAGUGACAAUGUUGCCAUGUUGUUUAUUUUUGUUUAUUUUUUUCCUUUUCUUUUUAUUAUUUCAUUUUCUUUCUUUUAAUUUAUGACCCAUGCUUUUUUCUUUCUGUCUGUUAUUGUAGUGGAGAGACAGAAAUGAAGUUGAUGUUGUGUGAGUGUAUUUGUGUGUGCGUGCUUGUGUGUAUGCUUGUGUGUGCGCGUGUGUACCUACCUACCAGUAAGUAACUGUGUGUGUGUGUGUGUGUGUGUGUGUGUGUGUGUGUGUGUGUGUGUGUGUGUGUGUGUGUGUGUGUGUGUGUGUGUGUGUGUGUGUGUGUGUGUGUGUGUGUGUGUGUAUUUACGUGUGUGUGUAUGUUUGUGUGUGUGUGUCUGGGUUUGCGUGCGUCUGUGUGUAUGUUUGUGUGUGUGUGUUUGUGUGCGUGCGUGUGUAUUUGUCUGUCUGUCUGCCUUCAUGUUUACGUCCACUUUUUUGUCGUUCAUUUAAUGAAAUGCCUUGAGUUUCAGCUCAUUCCACUACUACGCCUUCAGCUACUUUUCAUUCUGAGAGAAGAAGGAAAAAACAACAACAUUUUGUCCUUUUUUUAUUUUCGUUUCUUUUCGUUCUUCUUUUGUCUUUCUUUGGUUCUUUUUUUCUUGACUCCGUUGUGGUUGUGUAAGGACCAGCUGUGUCUGGCGUUAGCCGGCGGGCUGUCUGUCUCUCUCUCUGUCUGUCUGUCUGUCUACCUGUCUGAUGGUUUACCUGAUGGACUUCUCCGGCGGGGGUGGGGGGUUGCCCAGUCUCGUGACGCAUGAUGAUGACCUUUGAACCUACGACCGCCUGCCGGCACCACACUCCUAUUUUUUUCCCGAGGGCUUCUCUGUCUCCUUUCCCCCUUUUCCCUCUUCCGUGGAGGCGGUGUGGGGGGCUAGUCGAGCAGACUGUAGGGAGAGAUUUGUUUUUUGAAAUUCAUGCACUUUCGCGUCAGGCGUCUCUCUCUGUCUCUCUUCUCCCCAGAUGUACAGUGCUGGGCUGGGGAUGUCGGGUCGGUGGUGGGUGUGUGUGGGGUGGGGAGGGGGGGAGAGAGGGAGGAGAAGGAGAGUGCGGUUAUGGAGUGAUGUGAAGAGGGGGGGUGGGGUGGGGGUGGGGGAUAGAGGGGGAAGGAGACUGGGGCGUACCAGAGAGUCCGUCACCAUCUGAGUCGCCAUAGUAAUGAAGUGCACACACACAACACAACACACGCGAUGUAGCACCACAAUAUUUAUUACCGACUGUCGCGAUUUUGCUUUGUUUUUUUUGUUUUUGUUUUUAUGUUUUUGUUUGUUUGUUUCGGUUCUUGUUUCCAAGAGAUUUCUUAGAGUACAGUUGCAGGUGUUGUGUAGAGACAAUUUUUUGGGGCGGGCUUGUAAAUUUUAGACUUUAGAGAGAGCAGGGUUUGGAGACGGGGGGCGAGGGGAUU